AUGCAUACUUUGAGAGACGCGUGGCAGCAUCGAGGCUUAUGUGACGGUUGCCUUGGCAACUCGCUCUAUGAUUGUAUUUUCGCCACGGCAAGUUCCACAUUCUCGUCAGCGCCUCCUCAACCGCGUCCCCGAACCGAGCUUAGGGAGCCCCUGCAUGUACCGAGUCAUGUUCGGUCAGGUCAUAUGACUCCAUCUACCGAAGAAGCUCCUGAAUCUCAAACCCGUUUCGUCAUUGGCUCCACGACACUGUCCGCCCCACCUCAACUCAACACUUGCACCUCUUUUGUCUGCUACAAACGUCUUUCCGCCCGAAUCACACGUACCACCUUCUUGCUCCUUAUCCACCACCCCUCAAAGUCGCUGGUGUCGGACACCGCAGAGACCAUAAAAGACGUCUACCAGGCAAAUCACACAAGUUGGAAUGUUUCCAAACUAUCCGCAAUUCCAUAA